UGCAUAUUCGAUGCGAAAUAUAGACACCUUCUGAUAGAAUGAAAUCGUUCUAAUCAUGCCCUCUAUUAACGGAUAGUUUGUCGUUUGCUUUUUCCAACGUUGGGUUUUCAGAACAUCAGCUCCAGCGCCCGCUUCCCUAACAUCGAACUCACUUCCAACUGCACCUUUAAUCAUGCGUCGCGUUUUCGUCGUGGGUGUCGGUAUGACACCAUUUGUGAAACCCGGUGACAAAAAGCGCGACUAUCCGGUCAUGGCUAAGGAAGCCGUUGAAGCAGCGUUGAAGGAUGCCCGACUCGAAUACAAAGAAAUUCAACAGGCCGUAUGUGGCUACGUGUAUGGUGAUUCGACUUGCGGUCAAAGAGCUCUAUAUGAGGUCGGUCUCACUGGUAUUCCUAUCUAUAACGUGAAUAAUAACUGCUCUACGGGUUCAACUGCACUUAUCUUGGCGAAACAGCUCAUUGAAGGCGGUCUGGCAGACUGUGUCCUAGCAUGCGGAUUCGAGAAAAUGGAUAGGGGCUCGCUUACCAGCAAGUUCAGGGACCGUGCAAAUCCAAUUGAAACACACGCCAAAGUUCUUGCUUCGACAUAUGGUAUCUCACCUGCACCCAUGGCUGCACAGAUGUUCGGUGCCGCUGGCAUAGAGCAUAUGGAGAAAUACGGCACGACAAAAGAACAGCUAGCGAUGAUCGCUGUCAAGAACCACAAGCAUUCGGUAAACAACCCCAACUCACAAUUUCAAGUGGAGCAUACUCUUCAAGAGGUGCUUGAGGCGCCUCAAGUGUUUGGCCCACUAACGAAGCUGCAAUGCUGUCCCACUUCUGAUGGAGCGGCUGCCGCCAUUCUUAUGAGCGAAGACAUGGUGAAGAGGCUGGAUCUUCAGGAUCAAGCUGUAGAAAUUCUCGCCAUCGAGAUGGCCACCGACUUUUCGUCAACCUUUGACGAGAAGUCCUGUAUCAAAAUGGUCGGCUUCGAUAUGACUAAGGCAGCCGCCGAGCGUGCAUUCAAGAAAGCUGGACUAACGCCAAAUGAUGUUCAAGUUAUAGAGUUGCACGAUUGCUUCAGCGCAAACGAGCUCAUCACGUACGAGGCUCUCGGUUUGUGCCCGGUAGGUAAGGCUGGCGAGUUCAUCGACCGGGGGGAUAACACCUACGGAGGCAAGUACGUCAUUAACCCGAGCGGGGGACUCAUUUCAAAAGGACAUCCCCUGGGAGCGACCGGCUUGGCUCAGUGCUCCGAGCUUUGUUGGCAGUUACGUGGCACUGCCGGCAAGAGGCAAGUUCCCGGUGCAAAAGUGGCUCUUCAACAAAACGUCGGUCUGGGAGGUGCCAGCAUAGUAGCACUUUACCGACUUGGCUUUCCUAAGUCCAAAUUGUAAACCAAUCAAUAUUUAGGCUGGCGAAUAGAAAUUGUGAUUCAUCUAGAACGUAAUGAGCACAUUAUAAGCAAACAGUUACUCACCAGAAUAUAUUUUCUAUCGAACUAUGUGAUCAAAUACAUCUAUAGAUUCAGCUAAAAAUACAAAUAUAGUACCGAUGCAGCUGCGAGAAAACAGGACUAUUUACGGAGUCGAGUAUUGUUAACGAACAAAGCUGCCUCUAAUCACUCAAAGAUGCUGUGAUUUCGCCUUCAUUGAGGUUUAAUGACUUGGAUUUAUAUUAAUUUGCAAGACGACAUGUUGGCUGAACAAUUGUAUACAGAAAUUCAAGUUAAAGAUACGAAGAGGGAAUAAAGUGACGUGACCAGCGUGAGCACUACUCGCACGGGUGCAACUAAUAUUAAAGGAGGCUAGUUUUAUUCGAUAGGUACUGGAAUCCAUGUAUAUCCUUUACGCAAGGAUAUUACCAUCAUCUCACAUUUACUAUGAGGUAACUGUCCACGUUGCCAUUUAGUUAUUGGUUGCUAUACUAAAAAAAAGAAACGUGUAUGUACGAUAAUGCGAAUUGCAGUGUAAGAUAUAUUAAUGCCUCGAUCUAAUUAUAAUCAUUUUUUUCAUACGGUUAAUGCGCGAUCGCUAUUAAUGCUGAUCUGAAAUGUUCCUACUGAGUCACUGGUUCGAAGAAAAUCUUAGAUAGCGUAUAGAAUAGAAUAGAUCCGUUAAAUUUAUAUAGUAUUAAUUAACUUUUAUUAUAUUUUUCAGCGUUCGUCCCUGUUAGUGGUUUUCAGCACGGCUGUAUGAGAGGCAGCAGUAUUAUUUUAUCGAAGUGCUGUUAUCAUAUGGUGACCAUAGUGAAACUGCUACAGGAUAUACACUGUCGUAUAUAUCUACAUAUAUGUAUAUAUGAGAAUGGGCUUUGCUUUAUUCGAAAUUGUUCUUGGAGUCAAGUAUUCUUCGGUGGCAGGCUAUGGGCGCUCUUAGGUAACAUUAGGAGGAAAAACGGUGUUCGAGUUGACAUAUUCUUGUCGCAGAUACAAAUGACUUAUAGAUGCUAUGAAGGAACAAAAACCGCUUACUGCUCACUUGGUAAGGAUAUGCAACCUCUACGUUAACUGAACUAAAUAAAGAACUUUGUGAUAGAUUUUCCAAGAUAGAGGCGUAAGCUUUGAGUGUCCAAGGUAACAUCUUCUCAAGGUAACCAAGGCACCUAAAGUUACCAACCAGGCACAAAGAAAAGUGUAAAUUUUUUUAAUAUCACGGUUCGUUUACAAAAAAAAACGGCUAGUACUUUACAACAAAUAAAUAAAUACUUGGAAAUGAUUUCUAAUGUCCGCAAACGGGAUGUAUAUAUUAGACACCUGUAAAUGGUAAUAUGAACUGUUCUCGAACACGAAGGAGUCCCACGGAGAAUGGUCGGUGCCAAAAUUGGAUAUCCCUGGGCAUUGGUCGAGCAACUUUUGGAGAGAAUUUUCAUUUCAAAAUCAUCCGAAUGAUCGAAGUAGUUUGAUGAUAUGUAUAUACAGGAGUGUAUGACCAAAAGCGUGUGCUAUAAAUAGUAGUUAAUCCCUUGCUGAAUGCUUUAACAAAUUAUAUUCAAGAUUGGUGCCAGCCAUCUUUAUCACUUGCAUAGCUUUGCAGUUUAUUAUGGGGUGACCUUGAUAGAAGCCUAACUAAAUGUAGCAUAAAGUCCUAUUUGGCCUGUUUCAACGCAUCCGAAUAAGUAACGUACUGUUGUGAAGAAGUAAUUUAGUUCGUCAUGCUUGUUUUGAAGAUUACUUCAAAAGAAUGGAUGAAUUUUCCAAGUAGUAAAUGGCUGUCUAAAUCUACAAAGGCUGGCAUGUUUGCGUCGCCUCCAUUUAAUUUGGUUAAAUUCAACAGAUAGCAACCACAGCUCGAACGUGGAGUUGAUUCUGGAAGUAAGUG